AUGGCUGUUCUCCUUUCUUCACUUUCCUGGUGGCAGUCGUUGCUGCUCUUGGGCAUUGCGAUUCCAAUCUACGUCUUCGUUCUCUGCAUAUACCGUCUCACACUCCAUCCCCUCGCCCAGUACCCGGGUCCAUUGAUCGCCAAACUCACAGAAUGGUCCAUCGUGUAUCAAACAGCGACGGGCGACCGGCAUCUCGAUCUGUUGAAAGGUCACGAAAAGUAUGUUCAAGAAGGUCCCAUCGUCCGCGUUGGUCCGAACACGUUAUCUUUCAACACCGUUUCUGCGGUAAAAGAAGUGUAUUUCAACCGCAAAGGCAACGUCCAGAAGUCAAAAUGGUACUCCAUUAUCGAGGCCUCGGCGGGAGACGAGGACAGCAUCCACGCCGAGAUUGACCGGAAUGUGCACGCCUCCCGCCGCCGGGUGAUAGAGCAUGCUUUUACGGAGAAAGGGUUGAGGUCCGCGGAAAGAUACCUCGUCUUGAAUGUGCAGACGUUCCGGGAAAUAAUACAAGAAAGCAUUAAGGAUGAGAAAUGGUCCUCACCGUUCAACAUGUCGCAAUGGGCGACCUAUCUCAACUACGACAUCAUGGGUGACCUCGUGUUUGGGAGAAGGUUCAACUGUAUGACGAGCGAAGAACACCGCUUCGUUCCGGGUGUUCUGAUGAAUGGUACAGCGUUCAUCUACACUUUCGCAAGUCUCCCAUUCGGCUCCAUCCUGCGUAAAAUCCUGGGUAGCGGCAUUCUCGCCAAGCCCUGGAUUGGAGGUAGCAUGGCGAGGGACGAGAUGAGGUUCUACCAGUACUCGGAUGAGGUCCUGGCCGACCGUGUUGCGCAGGAAGAAAAAGCUGGCCGUGACGACGAUAGUUCCGCACGCAAGGAUAUGAUGCAUUACAUCCUGAAUGCAAAGGACCCUCAGACAGGCGAAGGCUUCAGUCGACAGCAUUUGACAGCCGAGAGCGGCCUCUUGAUAGCCGCCGGUGCAGACACCACCUCGACUACCCUUGCAGCGGCCUUUUUCUAUCUUCUCCACAAUCCUCGGGUCAUGGAAUUACUAGUGAAGGAGAUCAUGUCCUUUGCGUCCUCUCGCGGUGAUGGAGAGAUCACGCCGUUCGAGACGAUCAGGUUGCCGUACCUUCGGGCAGUCAUCGAUGAGACGCUACGCCUGUCGCCACCGGUCCCUUCACUGCUGCCACGUGAAGUGCUGAAGGGCGGCAUCCGAAUUGGAGAGGAAUUAAUCCCGGAAGGAAGUGUCGUUGGCGUUCCCACCUAUGCCAUCCAUCAUAAUCCAGAAUACUACCCGGAACCAGACAUGUUCUACCCCGAGCGCUGGCUCGUUGCGUCAGAAGACGAAGCAGCCUCAUCAGCCAUUCCUCGCUCAUCGGAGGCUGUUUCGGUUGCUCGAGAGGCUUUCAGUCCCUUCUCGCAAGGAGCACGAGGCUGCAUCGGCCGCCAGCUCGCUUACUUGGAGCUCCACGCAGCGUUGUUCAUGCUGUUGCAUCGCUUCGACGUGCGGCUGGCCAAGGAUGCAGCGACUGGAAAGGUGAUGAAGAACAGCAAGGCGUGGAGGGAGGGCAGUGUGCCUGUGAUGGAUCCUGAAGAUCAGAAGGAUGACUGGAGGGAGGAAAGGAAAAGGAGGCAGGAAUUCCAGCUGUUCGAUCGCUUCUUGUCGGAUCGAAGCGGGCCGAUGGUUGAAUUCAAAGAGCGGCUUGUUUGA